GUCAAAUGUAACCAACCGAAACCGAAGAGAUUAUUCACUCUUAAGCAGCUUUACUCUUUACAUAAACAAUACCCUUUUUUAAGAUACCAAGCCAAAUGAAUGAAGUUUCUCAAUCAUCAAUCAACCAUGUCUUCUCAUCUUCUCCUUGUUGUUCUAAUCUUGUGCAAUACCUUAUCUCAUGGGUCCUUCAAUUCAUUUGUCAAUUGCCUCACAACCAAAUCAAUUCCCCAAAAAGACAUCUCCCAAAUUGUCUACUCCACAAACAACCCCUUAUUUAACCCCAUUUUACAAACCUACAUAAGAAACCGCCGGUUCUUUAACUUCACUACUUCUAAACCGGUCCUAAUUGUCACACCUUCUAAAGAAUUUCAAGUCUCUUCUAUUGUUCUUUGUACUAAAGAGAGUGAUUUACAGCUUAAAAUUCGUAGUGGUGGUCAUGAUUAUGAGGGUAUUUCGUAUAUCUCGAAUGUCCCUUUUAUUAUGCUUGAUAUGUUUAAUCUCCGCGAAAUUUACAUGGAUGUGUAUGCUGAAACGGCUUGGGUACAAGCAGGUGCUACUGUAGGAGAACUUUACUAUAACAUUUGGACGAAGAGUAACCUUCUCGGUUUUCCAGCGGGGGUUUGCCAUACUGUAGGUGUUGGUGGACAUGUUAGUGGAGGUGGAUAUGGGAACAUGCUACGUAAAUUUGGACUGAGUGUUGAUAAUGUAUUGGAUGCUCGACUCGUGGAUGUUAAUGGUAGAAUUCUUGAUAGGAAAUCUAUGGGUGAAGAUCUUUUUUGGGCAAUUAAAGGAGGUGGUGGUGCUAGUUUUGGUGUCAUUUUAGCCUUUAAAAUUCGACUUGUUCGAGUACCUGAAACUGUGACGUACUUCAGAGUUGAAAGGUUCUUAGACAACCAAAAUGUCAUUGACGUUGUUGUCCAGUGGCAGAAUGUGGCUAGCAAAAUUGACAACGAUCUCUUUAUAAGGCUACUUAUACAACACAUCACAACGAAACAUGAAAACAAGACUAAAGGUGCAAGGAACACAAAGACGAUACGAGCAACUUUCAUAGCGUUGUUCCUAGGUGAUUCGAGUAGAUUAAUGUCACUCAUAAACAAUGAAUUACCAGCUUUGGGAUUAAUAAAACAAGACUGUUUCGAAAUGAGCUGGAUUGAUUCAGUACUCCGAUGGGCGAGUUUCGUUAACACAACAAAACCAAUUUCCUUGUUGAAUAGAACAGGGGACCCAUCUCAUUUCUUGAAAAGGAAAUCGGAUUACGUACAUGAACCAAUAUCUAGAGAUGGCUUGGAUUCAAUAUUUAAAAAGGUAAUUUCUUUGGAAAAAGUAGCAAUAGUUUUCAAUCCUUAUGGAGGGAGAAUGGCUGAAAUUCAUGAAGAUGAAACGCCAUUUCCCCAUAGAGAAAGCGUUCUUUUCAAGAUUCAGUACGCAGUGAAUUGGGACGAGGAAGGAGUAGUGAUUGAAAAAGAACAUCUUUCACAUAUAAGAGAUAUGUACAAUUUUAUGACCCCUUAUGUUUCAAGCAACCCAAGAGAAGCCUAUUUGAAUUACAGAGAUCUUGAUAUUGGUACAAAUGAUCACGGCAAAAACAGCUUGGAAGAAGGAAGAAUAUAUGGAACUAAAUAUUUCAAGAACAAUUUCGAUAGGUUGGUGAAAGUGAAAUCAGCAGUGGAUCCAACGAAUUUCUUCAGAAACGAACAGAGUAUUCCUACUCAAACUCACAGCUUCGGGAAAGAAAACAAAGGGAGUUGUUUUACCAUAUCUUCGGUUUUAGUUCUAGGUGAAUGCUUGAUAUUAACGAGCAUAAUUUUUUUUUAGUUUGUUCGUAGAUUGCUAGUGUAAGUUACAAGGUUUUUCACAAAUGCCUAUACAAUGAGGACUCAAGUGUAUAGCCUUUGUCUAAAUCAUUCGCCAUUAUGAUACGUUUGGUUGCCAACUUCGAGUUUUAUGACAAAUUUGAACAGGUAGAGUUUUCAUUAUUGUAGUUCUAUCGGAAUUCACGCCUAAGCAAGCAGAAGGGGAGUCUUAGUAACUGGUAAAGUUGUUGUCAUGUGAUCAGGAGAUCACGAGUUCAAGCUUUGGAAAUAGCCCCUUACAAAAAUGUAAGGUGAGGCUGCGUACAAUAAAUCCUUGUGGUCGGACCUUUCCAGGGACUCUGCACAUAGAAGGAGCCUAGACAAUAUCUUGAGGAAGCCGACAUACUUGAAGCUUUGGAUGCCUUCUCUAUUAAAGAUGUGUAUGUGAAAUUGAGAGGCAACUUCCAAGUGGUAGAUGGGUGGAAUAUGCUUAGAAAUAACAUGGCGUCUCCAAAGUGGCUCUCUUACUGCCUUGAGAAGACUCCACACUAGGGAUAGACUACUACAAUGGAGGAUUAUAGACGACUCAACAUUGCCCCGGUGCAACGAUUUGCACUGAGAACCAUGCAAGUAUAUGGACCAUCUGUUUUUUAUGUAUCCUUAUGCUGCUAAUAUAUGGUCCAAACUCCUUCAGUGGCUAGGUAUUGUUGAGGAGUAGGAAUGGAAUCCAAAGAAAAGUCAAUCAUGCAGAAAAUACAAAUGUCUAAAAGUUAGUUAAGCACAGUAACUGGUUAGUCACAGUUACUAUUAGACAGUUAAAGAAGUAGUUAGUCUCUACAGCUAUAUAUAUAUAUAUAUUCCCUCAUGUAUAAUAGGCAAUUAAGAAAUUCAA